UAGUCUUCUUCUUUGCUAAAACAAUCUUAAAAAUGGCUAAAGCUUUCAAGGCCUUCAUCUAUUUACAAUUGCUGGUUAUCACCCUCACUUGUACCAAUUCAACAAGAGUCCUUGAUGAGGUGGAUGCACAACCGCAAGUCGUCGACGACGUACCUCAGCCUGCUGGUCAAGUGGUCACUGCGGCCACCCCAAGCGGCCCGGACGACGACGUUGUUGAUCCACCGCUCCCGGAAUCUCCUGCUGCAGUGGCUGCCCCUGACGAUGAUGAGGCACGGGUAGCUACUCCUGCAGCACCGAUAUCCGGUCCCGGAGCUUCGACCGCGGAUGCGACAAGUGCCACGGCCGGAAACCCUGGGACACAUGAGCCUAUAUUGUCCUUUUUCAUGCAUGACAUCCUAGGUGGAUCACAUCCAUCGGCCAGGGUGGUGACCGGUGUGAUCGCUAACUCGGACAUCAAUGGCAUACCGUUCUCCAAGACCAACAACGACCUUUUCCCGGUAGAAGGCGCUGCCCCACUUCUAACUGGCGCGAACGUUAACAACAUCAACAACUUCAACAACCUUAUUAACCCCAACAACGUGCCUUUCCUAUCAGGCCUAACCGGUGCACAAACCAGCGCUAUCCUACAAAACACCGGCGACAACGACAACGUUCUCAACUCCGGCAGCCAACCUUUCGUCACCGCAGGAAACCUCCCACCCGGCACUCUCCAGAGGCUCAUGUUCGGUACCAUAACCGUCAUCGACGAUGAACUAACCGAAGCGCACGAGUUAGGAUCAACUGUACUAGGCAGGGCACAAGGGUUCUAUUUGGCUAGCUCAUUAGAUGGUAACAGCCAAACCAUUGCCCUGACAGUCAUGUUGCAUGGAGGUGAACAUGGCCACACCGAAAUCGAGGACACCAUUAGUUUCUUCGGCGUACAUCGUACGGUGUCGCCGGAAUCGCAGAUCGCUGUGGUCGGUGGAACCGGGAAGUACGAGCACGCCAAAGGGUACGCCACGGUCGAGACACUUAUACACCAGGAGGAUCAACACAUAACCGAUGGUGUGGAUACAAUCCUGCAUUUCGAUGUUUACCUGACGAUCACCGAGUGAUAUCGGCCUUGCGGCGGAUCAC